GCACGCCUUGAUCAGGGUGGGAACGGGCUGCGGCGCAGGGAGCCUGGGCUCCGCUCGCUGCUCCAGGAACCCAGCAUCCCCCACCCUCCCCGUGACCCCGCUGUCCCGUGACCACCGCGGCCCGCGCCUCUGAGCCGUUGACCCACCCCACAACCUCUGCGCGCCUCUCGGCUCCCCGCUAGCGGGCGCUAUGUGGCCCCCGCUUCUCCUGCUCCUGGGCCUGGACCUGGGCCUCCGCAGCCUCUCUCUGCCCCUGGCUUCUCGCAGUGCCGGGGCCAUCGUCUCCGCCCCUGUCUCUCCGGCAGGCACCGUGGCCCACGGCUCUCCGCCUGAGGCCAGACCCCGAGACCCGCCUAGGGGGAAGGCGGUCGCGCUGCGCUCAGCCGGGGGCGCCCGGGGUCUCAGUUGGCUAAGCGGCCGCACUCGCCUCAGCCUGCGACCACGCGUGGCUCUGGGCCGUGGCGUCAUCUUGAGUGGUGGUCGGGGCAUCUGCUUGUCCCACAGGUCCUCGCGGUGGGCACAGCGGCCCUGCCUCCACGUGCACGUCCUGCUGCGUGCGCCUCGCGCGCGCCGUGCCACGCCCACCCAUGUAGACCUGCACGUGCCUGCGCGCCGAGGUCGGCUGUCCCUACAGCGGCUCGCCCCACUGCAGCGCUCACUUGGGUCUCCAGAAUGGACCUUUCACCUCGGGUCGGUCAGCCCCACUGACGCCUCGUCCGCCUCUGGCUUGUCCCCCAGAUCCACUCCACCUGGUGGCCGUCUCCCCUCCCGGGGCUUCGUGGCCCAAACGGAGUGUCCUACAGAUGGGCUCAGGCCUGUUGUUUCAGAAGGUGUCACCUCGGACAAUCCCCCAGCGGUGGGGUCUUCCGUGUCCUGUCCGGUAGCCAGACAGGAACUUUGCGUUAUCAAAAAUGUCAGCAUCGACGAGGAUGUACCCGGUGUUUCCCUGGUGUUCGCCAAGAAUAUGGACAUUUGCAUCAUGGCCCACAUCAUUUACGACUGCCCGUCAGCUCAGAGCAAGGUGGUGGACUGGGAUGUGUUCUCCGUGCCGUGGAUUUGGAGUAGGCCGGACUGGUACAGCCCUCUGCCGGUGGUGAAGUCCGUGUCCAGGCAAGGGAUGGCCAUGGAAAUCCCGAAGAACACGCUCCCCUAUGGGGUGUACGUGGUCCGGGUCUCUCUGAAGCUGGUGCGGCCCACCGGAGACGAGAUCAGCAACUCAGACUUCACCUACUUCACCAUAGCGAGAACCCCCCUGCAGGCGGUUCUCGUCGGGGCCUCCAACAUCAGGGUCCCAUUCACGCAGGAGGUGGUUCUGGACGGGUCGGCGUCGGGGGAUCCGGAGGCGGACGACCCGCUGGAGGGUCUCCAGUUCUCUUGGUACUGCACCAUGAACCCGGGAGACUACCAGGGAGCGCAGAUAGACAUGAGGAGCCAGGCGGUGUGUCUGCCGGAGCAUGGCAGCCUGAGGUGGCCGGGGGCCUCCAGCACGGUGCUGAGGCUGCCGCCGCAGACGCUCAAAGGCAGCCGCGUGUACUUCUUCAGAAUGGUGAUACACAAGGGAGACGCGACAGCCUUUUCCAACAAACGGGUGCAGGUGCUCCCAGGGCCAGCGCCCAGGGCCCACAUCGUGUGCAUGGAAAACUGCGAUCCCGUCUUGGUGAUAUCAGACAGGUUCUCGUUGUUUUUCAACUGCACCAACUGUGUGGAAGGCCGUGAGCUCUACAGGUGGUCCAUUCAGUCCCCGUGGGAGGGUGAUAUGGCGUUCGACUGGGCGGGGCAAACUUCCACAGGCAGGAAUAGUGAGUAUUUGUCCGUGAAACCUUUUGCUUUUAGAAACUUCAAGGAAGCCCAGUUUCAGCCCUCUAUACUACUGCAGGGGUGGGGCGGCCACAUCGUGUUGUUCGUGUACAGCAUCACCAUCAACCGCGCGCCUGAAACUGGGGAUUGCAAGGUGAGCCCCGCCAGCGGGAUUGCAUUUUACACCAAGUUCGUCAUCCAGUGCAAUGAUUUUAGGGACCAGAACACCCCGUUCACAUACAAAAUGAUCGUGUCCGAUCUGCACGGUUUUGGUAAGAUCAGCUCUUUGAAGGAGAAUACCCUGGGGCCCAUCCUGUACCUGGGCCCCGAGCACACGUCGCCCCCGUCCUUCCUGCCCGUCGGCGAGCAGCUCAGCCAGCACGCCGUGAAGAUCCUAGUCCAGGUGUACGACUCCAUGGGAGCGUUCUCUCAGGUGACCGUGUACGCCACCGUCCAAGCUCCCACCGACACAUACUCGCCACAGACGGUGAUGCAGCGCCUGCUCAACUACACCACGGGGCCGGGCUCCGUCGUGUCCACUUUGCUGCAAGGGCGGGACUUUCUGCCCGCGGGCUACCUGAUGUACAUAGCCGCCUCCGUGCUGAACAGCAUGAGAGCGGAGGCCCCCCUGCCCGCAGACAAAGACGAGCUGCGGGAGGACCUGCUCAAUGUGUCCUUCACUCUCCCCGUGGGCACGCUGGUGGAGGUCAGCCAGCUCGUCACGGCCGUCGCGAAGCUGACCCAGAAGACGUCGGAAUGCACCAGCUUCGCAAAGAAAAACGCCACGGAGAGGAUCUGGCGUGCCAACCAAGCCCUGCAAGAGCACCAGCGGAACCACAAGAACUUCCACGCUGAACAGAUAGAAAUCGUGUGCACCGGGAUACUCACCAGCUUGUCCCAUGUCCUGAAAAUGACCACUCGCUACGAAGCAUUCACUGACCCUUUCUACGUGAUGCAGUCUCUGGCAGACACGGUCCUGGCCGGGAGGGUGCCCGGCGAUGACACCGUCUCGAUGACGACCCCGAACUUCAACGUGUACCUCAGGAAGGCGGAAAGGUGGCUGGCCAGCUACGUCCUGGGAGACGAGGAGCACGGGCGGAACUGGCUCCGCGCCACGCUCAACGAGAGCAGCGUCCCCGGCCUGUCCGCACACGCGCCCAUUUCUGCGACGUUUUGUGAGUUUGCAGACGACCCCUUUCCCUGGCUGACCGGCCAGGACAGCCUUUCAGCAGACGUGGUCGGCUUCAGGAUGACCGGGAGCACGGCGGCCGGGGACGUGCUGGAGCUCACACCAGAGGUGGUGGAAGUGUACCUAGGCAGGAGAGACUUCAGCUCUGCGGCCUUCAACCUCACGGUGGGCCCCGACAAGGAGCCGGGCGAGGCGGACGAGGCCUCGAGAAAGACGACGGGGGCGUUCCGCUUCACACUGGACAGCGGAGACCCGAAGGAGCUGUUGGUUCACAUCGUGACGGAAGUCACCGUGCUGUUCACCGUGUCCGUGUACGCCGGCAACCACGUCUCCCCUGCGGCUCUGGUCGCCACCUUCCUGGUGCCCCAUGACAUCCCUCCGGUGGUCGAGCACGGCGGCCUGUUUGACCCGACCUGCGCGGUGAAGAUGCCCCGCGUGAUCUGCCUGCCGCCGUCCCUGCUGCAGGCCGCCGCUCAGCGGGGCCACUCCUCCGAGGGCGCCAUCGUCGUGGCUGUGCAGGCGGACCACUUUGUCAUGCAGCCCACCGACAAGCUGCUGAGAGUCUCGCUUUUCAGAGCCUCCUGCGUGGACAUGCUCGGGAUACAGAGGGACUGGCGGGAGGGCGCCUGUGUCCUCGGGGAGAAGACCACCUGGGACAGGGUGCACUGCGUCUGCAGGGCCGCCAGGAGGGCCCGGCGGCAGCUGGGCGCCGGGGACCUGGCCAACGUCCGCCUGCACUUCCGCUACUUCACGGCCAAGGUGCUCGUGGUCCCCAACCCCGUGGACCUGCGGUUGGAGGUCAUCAAGAGCAUCGGCAGAAACCCCGUGGCCCUGUUCACGGUCCUCUUCAUCGUGUGCGUGUACGUGGCCUUGGCCUUCUGGGCGGUGCACAGGGACGAGAUCGACCAGUUGCUCCGGGACCGCGUGAUAGUCCUGCCUGACAACGACCCCUAUGACGACGUCUGCUACCUCAUCACCAUUUUCACCGGAAGCCGCUGCGGGGCGGGGACCAGGGCCAACGUCUUCGUCCAGCUCAGGGGAACAGAGGGCACCAGCGACGUGCACUGUUUGAGCCACCCCCAGUUUAAAACCCUCUACCGCGGGAGCAUCAACACCUUCCUGCUGACGACGAGGAGCGACCUGGGGGACAUCCGGGACAUCCGCGUGUGGCACAACAACGAGGGCAGAGCCCCCAGCUGGUACCUGAGCCGAAUCAAGGUGGAGAACCUGUUCAGCAGACACAUCUGGCUGUUCAUGUGUCGGGCGUGGCUGUCUAUCGACACCUCUGUGGACAGGACGUUUGAGGCCGCCAGUCCCAACGUGCCCCUGAAGAGGGCGGACUUCUGCCUCAUAGACAUGACCAAGAAGGCGGAGAAGGCGCACAUGUGGUUCUCCGUCUUCAUCGGCGUCGUCAGCAAAGGCUUCAGCCGGCUCGAGAGGCUGUCCUGCUGCCUGGCCAUGCUGCUGGCCUCGCUGCUGUGCAACAUCAUGUUCUUCAACCUCAACAAGGAGGAGGAGGAGGGGAUGGGGCCCGAGGGCGGCCGCUACCUGCGGUCCAUGGUCAUCGGGCUGGAGAGCGCCGUGAUCACGCUCCCGGUGCAGGUGGCCAUCACUGGCCUGUUCACCUAUUCCCAGAGGCAGCCCCAGGUGAGCCUGGAGGCGGUGUCUCCUCGGAAGCCUCCCGCGAUGGCGGCAGAGGCCGGGCACUGGGAGGACCGUCUGAAAAAGUGGCACGUGCAGCAGACCAAGGAGCAGCCGCCCGCCCCUGGGAGCAGUCCCAGGCUCGGGGUCAGGAAGUCUUCGGGCAAAGCGACCUCGAAAGCGAGGGGACCGUUGAAGAAGGCAGGAGGCAAGGCCCCACUCCACCCCAGGACGAAUGCCAACAACAGCAACAAGAACGUCAACAACAGCAACAAGAACGUCACCGACGGUCCAGGGGCGCCCGCGGAACAGCCGCCUUCCCCAGAGGCCCCCCCGCCCCCCAACACCAAGCCCAGGGUGGAGCUGCCCCGAUGGUGCGUUUUCGUGGCCUGGUUCCUGGUCUUCGCCACGUCGGGCGUGUCCUCCUUCUUCAUCGUGCUGUACGGGCUGACUUACGGCUACGAGCGGUCCAUAGAGUGGCUCUUCGCGUCGUUCUGCUCGUUCUGCCAGUCCGUUUUCCUGGUGCAGCCAUUCAAAAUCGUCCUCCUGUCGGGCCUCCGGUCGUGCAGGCCCAAGUACUGUAAAAACCUCUCGUGGGUCAGCAACUACCGCUACACAGAGAUCCAGCUGCAGGACCCCAGGCGGGACCCGGCCAAAAUGCAGGAGCAACACCAGCGCAUCGUCUACCUCCGGGGCACGAGGAUGUACCAGCCCCUCACGGAGGACGAGAUCAGGAUUUUCAAGAGAAAGAAGAGAGCCAAGAGGGGCGCAUGGCUGCUGCUGGCUGGCACGCUGGCCCACCUCAUCUUCCUCGCCCUCCUGCUGGGCCUUGCCGCCCUCCUCCGCCAAGCCGACAGCUUCUACUACAACCGGUUCAUCCGCCACCAGUUCUCCGAGGGCCUCGCGGCCGUGACCAAGCUGGACGACGUCUACCUGUGGCUCAGCAGCGUGACGUUGCCCUUGUUCCACAACGACGAGAACCCGACGUUUCUUCCCGACAGCUCCUCUCAGAUCCUCGGCCUCCCGCUGAUGAGGCAAGUGAGGGCCAAGCCGGCGGACAAGGCCUGCCUGCCCGCCCACAGCCCCGUGCCAGACAGCAUCAAAAGGGAAAUUCACUGCCACCCCACAUACGGCACCCAUCCGGAAGACACGGCAAACUACACUCAGUUUUGGAAGAAGGUCAACAAGCGGACGACCGACAAAAACACCCAAGGGUUUACCUAUAAGCCUCCAGAAAGGAGAUGGGUGUAUUACUCCUACGGACUUCUUCAUACCUAUGGGUCCGGGGGGUACGCGUUCUAUUUCUUCCCAGACCAGCAGCAGUUUAAUUCCACCCUGAGGCUCAAGGACCUGCAGAGCAGCCACUGGCUGGAUGAGAAGACAUGGGCUGUGAUUCUGGACCUGACCACCUUUAACCCGGACGUCGGCCUGGUCUGCAGCGUCUCGGUCAUGUUCGAGGUCUCUCCUUACGGCGUCGUGAACGCCAGUGUGUCUGUGCACUCCUUCUCGCUGGGCAGCUUCAGCGGGAAGCUGUCGGCAGAAGCCGCCCUGUACGCGGCCAUCCUCGUGUGCUUCCUGGCCCACCUGGCGCACGAGGUGUACACCAUCUGGCAGAAGAGGGCCUCCUACGUGACGCUCGCGUGCAGCUGGCUCAGCCUCGCCCUGAACGGCGCCUUCGCCGCGCUGAUCGUGCUGUUUCUCAGCAAGCACUUCCUGGCCGCCGGCGUCCUCCGGUCCUACGCGUCGAACUCCAGGGACUUCGUGCCCUUCCACGCCGUCUCUCAAGCGGACCACGCCAUGGGGAUCGCGUUGGGCUUCCUGCUGUUUCUGGCCAUUUUGAAGACGCUCCGGUAUUGCAGAUUCUUUUACAGCGUGCGCCUGGCUCAGAGGGCCCUCCAAACCGCCCUGCCCGCCACCUUCCACAUGGCGCUCAUGCUGUCCCUGUGUUUCUCCGUGUACGCGGCUCUCGGGUGCCUGGUGUUCGGGCAGCACGAAUGGAACUACGGCCACCUGCUCCACGCCACCCAGACGGUGCUCUCCUACUGCGUUUCAGCUUUUCAGAACAUAGACUUUUCCCAGAACAGGGUCCUCGGGGCCCUGUUCCUCUCCUCGUUUAUACUGCUGGUGAUCUGCCUGCUGAUCAACCUGUUCCGGGUCACGAUCCUGUCUGCCCAUGAGGAGAUGGCACAGCCCGUGUACGAGGCACCGUCGGACGAAGCGGAAGCGGCGGCCUACUUGUGUGGCAAACUCAGGAGGCUGCUUGGCUUCCUGUCCCUCCGACCCAAGGCCCAAGACAAGCCCACAUGCUUCAUGGACAUGCUCUAUGGGCGGCCGGAGAGGCAGAACCGGCGCUUCCGGGGGCUGAAGACCAGAAACAUGAACGAGAGGAAGGUGGUGUAUCUCGUGGUGUGACAGCGGCAGUGUCGAGAGCUGCGGGCGAGGGUCUCCCAGCAAACAUUGCGUUUAGUGGCCCCAGACCAGUGUCCUGCACACGCACACCCCUACAUUUGCAAGUAUCCCCACUCUUGGCCCCCACUCUUGGGAACAGGAAAAGAGAGAGCGACCAGCAAUGCCCCGGGGAGAGGAGCUGAGCUCUCUUUCCGGGGAGUGAAGUGUCUUUGGAGCCUGCAGCAGUCCAGAGGGUUGGAGACGCGCUGGGAGCUCUUUUCAGAGGCCAGAGCUUCCCUGACCCACGUUCCCUCCACCAGCCUCCCCCUGCCCCGCUCCACCACAUCCCGACUGGUCCAGGGCCUGAGGGGCCCCGGGGGUUCCAGGACUUGCCCUGGAUUUGGAAUGAAUUCAGGGAUGAGAUCAGAGGUCAGAAGUCUGAAGCUUUCCAUCUACUCCCUAGGGCUCCUUCCAGUUAAAGACGUACACCGUAACGUUAGCUCUUGGGCCGUGACACUAAGUUUUUGUCAGACAACAAGGCGCUGCGUGUGGGUUCCCUUUCAAAGACAGUGACUGUCCUGUAGGUCGGGCCUAGCAACAUCUACACCCCGGGUUUGGGCUUUUGGUUGUUUGUGUCCCAGUGGGUUGUUACUGAACAGUAAAGAAAAUGUUGUUUGUUG